UGUAUAUAUUGGGCUGUUGCAAGUGAGAAAAUAUCAAAUCUAAUGGAGAGAAUGCACAAGAGAAGCAUUAGUAGUGUAUUAAUGUUUCCAUGGCUAGCUCAUGGACACAUAUCUCCUUUUCUAGAGCUAGCCAAGAAACUUGCCAAGAGAAAUUUCUAUGUCUACUUGUGUUCUACACCUGUAAACCUAGAUUCCAUUAAGCAAAAUCUAUCUCCUAAAUACUUACUUUCGAUCCAACUUGUUGAACUCCAUCUUCCAUCUUUGCCUGACCUUCCAUCUCACUGCCAUACUACAAAAGGGUUACCACCUCAUCUCAUGACAACUCUCAAGACAGCUUUUGAUAUGGCAACUCCUAACUUUUCCAACAUUCUUGAGACUUUAAGACCAGAUUUGCUUAUCUAUGAUUUUCUCCAACCAUGGGCUGCAGCUCUUGCUUUGUCUUUUGAUAUACCCGCUGUUCUCUUUUUAUGUAGCUCCAUGGCUAUGAGUACGUUUUGCAGGCAUUUCUCUGAAAAUUCAAGCGAUGAUCAUUUCCCUUUUCCGGAGAUCUAUCCUAAAUGGUGUUUGGAUAAGAAGGUGCUGGAAGUGUUAGAAUCGUCAUCAAACGAGAGAAAAGAUAAACAUAGGGUUAAUCAGUGUAUAGAGAGAUCUUAUCAUUUGAUUUUAGCGAAAACUUUUAGAGAACUUGAAGGAAAAUACAUUGAUUAUCUUUCUGUUAAAUUGAUGAAGAAGAUAGUUCCUGUAGGCCCUCUUGUUCAAGAAGACAAUAUCCCUAUCCAUGAAGAUGAGAAAAUGGAGGUUAUUCAAUGGCUUGAAAAGAAGGAACCUUCAUCAGCUGUAUUUGUUUCAUUUGGUAGUGAGUACUUUCUUUCCAGUGAAGAAAGAGAAGAGAUAGCUAAUGGGUUAGAGCUAAGCAAGGUAAAUUUCAUAUGGGUGGUUAGGUUUCCUGCUGGAGAGGAGAUAAAGCUAGAAGAUGCACUACCUAAAGGAUAUAUUGAAAGGGUUAAAGAGAAAGGGUUAAUUGUUGAGGGCUGGCUUCCACAGGCAAAAAUGUUAGGGCAUAGUAGCAUUGGAGGAUUUGUGAGUCAUUGUGGAUGGAGUUCUAUAAUGGAAAGUAUGAAAUUUGGAGUGCCAGUAAUAGCCAUGCCAAUGAAUCUUGAUCAACCAUUAAAUGCAAGGGUAGUAGAAGAGGCUGGUGUGGGUAUAGAGGUAAAUAGGAAUAUUAAGAGUGGAGAAGGGCUUGAUAGAGAAGAGAUAGCAAAAACAAUAAGAAAGGUAGUCUUGGAAAGUGGUGAAGAUGUGAGAAGAAAAGCUAGAGAAAUGAGUGAUAUCAUAAGAAAGAAAGAAGAGAAAGAGAUAGAUGAUGCUGUCUAUGAAUUAGUUAGCACUUGUGAUAUGAUAAUCAAACUAUAUUAAUUCAUAACAUCUAUGAGCUUAACCCAUAGAUAUAGAGAUGCCUUAAUAUGCAUGUUUAUUUCAUAACUUAAGCUUUGUACAGUGCAUCUUUUAAUACAAGUAAUGUUUUGAGCUUAA